CCGAUGGCCCCCCACGCCUGACGCGGGCAGGAAGCCGCCGCCGCUGCCGUCGCCGCCGGGAUGGAUUUCGGGUCCCUGGAGACCGUGGUGGCCAACUCGGCCUUCAUUGCUGCCCGGGGCAGCUUCGAUGGCAGCAGCACGCCGUCUGCGCGUGACAAGAAGUACCUGGCCAAGCUCAGGCUGCCACCACUGUCCAAGUGCGAGACCCUGCGCGACGGCCUCUGCCUGGACUUCCAGGACCUAUGCUGCGAGCAGCCCAUCGGGAAACGGCUCUUCCAGCAGUUCCUGCAGACGGACGAGCAGCACGUGCCGGCCCUGGAGCUCUGGAAGGAUAUCGAGGACUAUGACACGGCCGACGACGACCUCCGGCCACAGAAGGUGCGGGGCAUCCUGGCCGACUACCUGGAGCCCCAGGCCCGGCUCUUCUGCAGCUUCCUGGAGGAGGCGGCGGUGGCCAGGGUGAAGGCGGGCCCGGCGGCCGGCCAGGACGGGCUGUUUCAGCCGCUGCUGCAGGCCACGCUGGCGCACCUGGGCCAGGUGCCCUUCCAGGAGUACCUGGGCAGCCUGUACUUCCUGCGCUUCCUGCAGUGGAAGUGGCUGGAGGCCCAGCCCAUGGGGGAGGACUGGUUCCUGGACUUCAGGGUGCUGGGCAAGGGGGGCUUCGGGGAGGUGUGGGCCUGCCAGAUGAAGGCCACGGGCAAGAUGUACGCCUGCAAGAAGCUCAACAAGAAGCGGCUGAAGAAGCGGAAGGGCUACCAGGGCGCCAUGGUGGAGAAGAGGAUCCUGGCCAAGGUGCACAGCAGGUUCAUCGUGUCUCUGGCCUACGCGUUUGAGACCAAAGCCGAGCUCUGCCUGGUGAUGACCAUCAUGAACGGAGGCGACAUCAGGUACCACAUCUACAACGUGGAUGAGGAGAACCCCGGCUUCCCGGAGCCUCGCGCCAUCUACUACACGGCUCAGAUCAUCUGCGGCCUGGAGCACUUGCACCAGAAGCGCAUUGUGUACCGCGACCUCAAGCCCGAGAACGUGCUGCUGGACAAUGACGGCAAUGUCCGGAUCUCCGACCUGGGGCUGGCAGUGGAGCUGCCAGAUGGGCAGACCAAGACCAAGGGCUACGCGGGGACCCCAGGUUUCAUGGCCCCAGAGCUCCUGCGAGGCGAGGAGUACGACUUCUCCGUGGACUACUUCGCCUUGGGAGUCACCCUGUUUGAGAUGAUUGCUGCCAGGGGACCCUUCCGGGCCCGAGGAGAGAAGGUGGAGAACAAGGAGCUGAAGCAGCGCAUCCUGUCCGAGAGCGUCAAGUUCCCCGAGACGUUCAGCCAGGCCAGCAAGGCCUUCUGCGAGGCGCUGCUGGAGAAGGACCCCGAGAAGCGCCUGGGCUUCCGCGACGACAGCUGCGACGGGCUCCGCGUCCAGCCCCUCUUCAAGGACCUCAACUGGAGGCAGCUGGAGGCCG